AAAAGCAAAAGUUGGGACUGCCACCUAUUUAUUUAGAUGAUCUCCAGACCUACACACCCCAACCCCUCUCUCGGACUCAUUGCUCAUUUCAGUGAUGGUUGUAACCGUUCCCAGCGCCUCCUGCGGGUGGACAGGUCGCGCUAGGGUCUCCCUAGCUGCCUCAAGAAGGCGAGCUCAGGGGACUCUGGGUUUUAAAAUGGGUUCCAAAGCGGCGCGCUCUGUCGGCCCAGCGGGCUCGCGGCACCAGAGGUGGUCCGCAGCCGCGCAAGGAUUCCCACGAUCGUUCUGGGCUGGUGCAGAAGCUGGUGCUCCCGCACCCAGCGGCCAGCAGGCUCGGCGCAGCACACCUCCCUACCCCACCCCCACACACCCCCGUGGGGUGCGUCGAUCCUGUAGCUCAGAGGGAGAAGCUACUUAGAACUUCGUGAAGCACAGAGGAUCUGGAGCGAGCCCCGCAGCUGCGAUCAGUGGUCUUAAGUUGAACCCGCUUACAGGAAGAUGCAGCCCAGCUCACAGCGAAGUGUGGGGGGCCCGUCUCUAAAGCCGAGAAGGGAACCGCUUUAGAAAGGGGGGUGGGGGGAAGAAAGGAAAGAAAGAAAGAACGAAUGAAUGAAUAGAAAGAAGGAAUAUUAAAGAUCGGAGAGGAAGUUGAAGAGAGGAGUUUUCUCUUUGCUUUCUGUUCCUGGUGACUUGGGCCCUCAGAAUCUCGAUGAAGAUAACACGAGGAGUGCACAGGCAAGUGCCCAGUUGCCAGCAAUUGCUUCAAAAGCCCAUGUUCUUCUCUUCGCCCCAUUCUUAGGCACAGCGGAAAUUGGUCAGAAAGGGGAGGAAAGUGGGACACGGACUUCAAAGUAGGGAAACCAAAGAAGGGAGCAUCCACGUCCUCCCUCUCCAGCUUCUCCCCCGCGUUCUUCGGGCGAAUCCGAGGGACGGGCGCUGCGCUGGGGAAAGUUUGUGCCACCCGCGUUUCGCAGCUGGUUGCAAGGAGAGGAGGAAGGAGAGGGAGGGUCAAGCUCGGAGCCUGUGGCCGCACGGAUGAUCGAGCCGGCGUCGCGCUUACCUCGCAGUCCUCGUACUUGAUAUUAUCCGUCAAUUUCCAAAGCAUUUUCAUGGAUCGGCGUGAACGGAUAUGCCCCUCUCGGUCUCGCACCCAAGUGGAGCUACUCUGGCUCUUUACCAACAGCCUAAUCGCCUCAUUAGCAUAUCAACAAUAGUCCAAUUGCUCGCCAGUACCACAAUCUGCCGCCGGCCGCUCCGACACAGAGAUGCCUUCUGCAAAGCCCGGCACUGCUCAAGGUCCAAGCGCCACGCCUGGGGCCCGGCUUCUAGCACUUCUCCCUUAACCCUGCUACCACGAUCCGAGCUGCCCUUUUGGCCCCGUGCAAUUUUAUUAGAAAUCAUUAUCCCUUUCGCAAUUAAACAUAACCACCAAACCAAGACCGGCGAAGUCACUCCAGGAUUUUUUCCCAACAUGGGAUCGCCUCUGCUCGAGGCAGCCAUCCCCUCGGGCCGCAGCGCCUUGGGAGUUUUAUUGGCUUUGAGCUUUCUCCCAGGUUGGAGAUUCUGCCAAGCGGCUCCGGUGGCUCUGCUGGGGUUUGCAAUCCCUUAAUUGCGGCGUGCAGAAUAAAAGUUGUACCCUGAAGAGGUUACUUGACAGCUCCAGGGGUUAAAC